AUGGACACCUUGAUGAUGGCGCUGAGGGAAGUAAUCCAAAAAAUCAGUUCGUACCAAAUGAAAUAUAGCAUAAACCUGAAUGAAUUUCACAACCUUCUUUUUAUAAUUUCUAUUCUGUUCGGUUUGGCAUUUCUUUUUUAUCUUAUCGUAAUACUGUGGAGCAUUUUUUUUAAAGAAUCCAAACCAAACAAAAUAGUUUUACUCUUGGGUCCAUGUGACAGUGGGAAGACGACUUUCCUAUUCAAAUUAAGAACAGACAAAUUGUGUACAACAGUUCCUUCUAUGAAAGAAAAUGUAGCGUUCAUAAAUUUGAAGAAUAACAAGUGGAAAAAGUGCAUUCGCUUUGUGGACUACCCUGGACACCCCAAACUGUCAUUCGGCCUAAAUAAGUAUUUCAACAUCACCAAUGUUAUCAUCUACAUUUUGGACUGCUCGGAUCGACAGGCUCUCAAAGUCGUUGCGGAGAAACUGUUCGAGCUGUACACAAACAAAGUUGUCGUGAAAAAGCAAAUCCCUCUCAUCAUAUUUUGCAACAAGACCGACUUGUGCAACUCGAGGCCGAAGCAAGUUAUUAAGGAGGACUUGGAGAGGGAAAUCGAAAUUUUAAAAAUGUCAAAAUAUAACAGUCUGGAUGAUGACUACAACGACGAGACCGAAUGUUUAAUGGGCACCAACUCGGAAUUCUUCCGAUUUGAAAAGGCACCAUGUCAUACGGAAAUUUGCAGUGGAUCUGUAAAGAACAAUAAUAUUGAAGAAGUGGUGGAACUUGUAAAGAAAUUUUACUAA